CGCCUCCGCCCCCCAAAACUCAAGGGGCGCAAAAAAUGGAACCGAGCCCCCCAACGGACGGCAGCAGCCAGUAGCGAAAACCAGUAGAGCGGCCGCGGCCGCGCCCACCUUCGCUCCACCCCAUCCCAUUUCGCCUCCUCUAUUCCAACCGCCUUCCUUCCACCUCAGCUUUCCUUCGGCUCAAAAAAAUGGCGGACUCGCAGGUGGAGGGGCUGCGGAAGGCGUACGCGGCAAUCAUGCUAAAUAUGGCCAAGGAGUCGGCGGCGCGGGUGCUGGCGGCGGAGCGGAGCGUGGCGGUGCUGACCGGAGGGAUUGCGGCGGCCAAGGAGGAUGGCGUCGCGGCUCUCGUCCGGCUGAAGAACAUCAUGGAGGACAGGAUGAAGCAGGUGGAAUUGCAAUCUUUGGCACAUGUUAGAAAGAUCACUGAACUUCAGGAGCAAUUACAUGAUGCUCGAAAUACUGUGACAUCCCUUCAAGUUGAGCUGCAGAGAGCAAAUACCGAAUUGGAGGAGAAACGGAAAACUUUAGCAGAGGAAAGAAUGAAUAUCCUUCCAACCUGUGAUAAGAUUGGUUCAAAUAAAAGCAAGAUCUCUCGUUCUAAGGUGCAUCUCCAAAAUAGAAGUUUGUCAUCAAAGGACAAAAAUACCGUUUGCCGCGUUUCCAGUGACGCCAAAGAAAAUGGAGCUGUUGUAAACAUGGAAAACCUGUAUCAUCGUGGUUCUGAUAUGCCAUCAUUUAUAGCAAGAAAUAAGAAACGUGAGUUGUAUCGUAAUGGGUGUACACAGCGCAUUCGCGCUCUUAGACAGCGGGGUCCUGCUGCAGACUCCUCUAAACAAAGCAGCAAGGAGGCUAGUGCGUCGAAUAACCAUUCGAAGACUGGAAAGAGCGAUAGUGUUAGGAGCACUAGACAGACGAGAUCCACCAUCGAACAGAUACUUCAAACAAAGUUUCUGGCGAACUGCAAGCGCAAGAGAGGUCAACGAAGCAGGCCUGGUUAUAAGCAUGAUAGUUCUGAUGUGCAUGUUAAAACAGAAGAUAAAUCAUCUGGCACCUCUGAUGAAAACGGGUGUUUGCUGCUUCUUCAGGCACUCGAACAUGAUCUUUCACCUCCAAAUUUGUUUUCCGGACAUAGUGGUGAGGGGUUAACUGAUUUGAAGGACGAUUUGUUGAUGGGUGGGAAGGUUGCUGACUUCAAUUAUUGCAUGGCCUCCCCUGGCCCAAUAGAUGCACAUGCAAUCAGCAACAUGCGAGCGACAAGGAGAAAAAGAUCUAAGAUGGUUAGGGUUUUUGAAGCUGGUUGUUCUGAGUCCAAAAGUGUUCCAGGUAACAAUCUGCUAAGAUCAACCAAUGAGGAUACCAUUUUUGAGAAUGGGCAGAGCUCUGAAAGGAUAGAUGAUCACUCUGAUACAUCUGCCAUAAAUAAUGCUUCCGUUUUAAGUGAUGUGACUAAAAUUCUGAUUCAUUCUAGUGGUGCCAAUAAUGAUCAAUUUCAGUCUGGGGACAGCUCCCCACUAGUAUUUCAGUCAACCAAAAGUCAAGUUGAUGGUGAAGGUGAAUUACGAGCGAAGCAUCCUGACUGCAGAACACCGGAGAAUAAUUCAGCAAAAAAGAAAGAAGUUAAAGUGGAUGAAAGUUGCAAUUUAACUUCAGACAGAGCUGAUCAUUUAAUCAUCAGCUCCUUGGAGAAAGAACAAAGCACGAAAGCAGCAUCCGGUGUUUCCGUGCAACCUGAAGGUGUGAGAUGUAUCAAAUACACAUUCAAUCGCAGGAAACGGAAGAAUGUGUCUUUGAACAGCAGCAGUCUGGUUAGUCUAGCUGACAAACAAGAGUCUCUGGCAAAGCCUGAGACACAAAAUCACUUGGUAGAAUCACCUAAAGCUGACAAACAAGAGUCUCAGGCAAAGCCUGAGACACAAAAUCACUUGGUAGAAUCACCUAAAGGCGACAACCAACUAGCCCAUGUUGCCCAACAGCUCAUUUUGUUGUCAGAGCUGAAGUGGUAAGAAUUUUGCAAUGCAUAAACCUGAAAGGCCGGAUGGGUUCAGUGCAAUGAUGGUUAAGAGAUAUGCUUCAAUAAGUGAUGCAAUAGAUUCUUCAAGGGACGAGAAACUACAUCUGCUGGCAAGCAGAAGCAGCAGCAGCAGCAGAGCGAUCAAGAAAUCUGGAUCGUAGUUUAGCAUGCAACAAAGAGUGACUUAACAUAUACCUCAUCCAGUUGUUAUUUUAGAAGAAUGUACAAAUUAGGUAAUGAAUUUGGAACUGUUAUUUAGUAGAUGUUGAAUUGAAACUAUUGGUUUAUAAGCAGGUGAUUAUUUUUGAAUUA